AGGUGACACCAGCUAGAAGUCGACCCAUGUUCACGCCGCGACCUCCCCGCUCCCAACUUGCAUCGUGUACCGCGUCAAGAGCCGUGCGCAUUACGGCACUGGCCGCUCUCCGAUGAGACGAGUGGAUGGUGGUGCAAGUCGACAGCGUGGAGGUCCCAAACGCGAGAGCCAUCAUGACCCCGCUUCCAUGCACCAUUGUAAACGUCGUGGGCAGUUGUCCGAUGUGGGGAUUGCAAAAGCACAAAAGACAAAGCUCGAGAGGAGGAUCGUGUCCGAAUGAGAAAACUGCUUCUUGGAAAGAGAUCGCUUGUCCGGGGACUUUCCCUACAGCAAAAGAUCGAUGGUGGAAAAAGCUCUUGAUGAGCAUCUCCCCACCGCAGCUGCAAUGCGGUCCUUUGACCGUCUCUGGACGCUGCUCAGCAGCUACAGAACUGCGCAAAGGAACUCGUCGAGCUCGCCGACUGCCUCACAUGGGGACAUCGACAGCCCAUGCGCAACCUUCUAUAUGCUUCGUGGACGACGAGAGACGGCGUCGAACAUGCGCCAAACACGGCUCGAUAGACUUUGCCACCUUGGUGUGUGUCAGCGACGAAGUUGCACCAGCGUCCGAGCAACAUUUCGACGCCUCUCGCCGCCAUCCACGAGUAGCACGAUAAAAUUCGAUGUCGGCUUCCUUUCUUGCGCGUCCCUUGUUGAGCAGUACGAAAGAGACGCGUAAUAUGUAUCAGAAGCACCAAGGAAAAAGUCUUGGUUGAGAACGAAAUCUUGUUGGAUUGAUCUUUGCUGCCUUUCCCUCAGCCGAUUGCCCAUGUGAUGAACAGAGUCAUCGAGCAACGUGAUGAAUAUAGCAGCAUGCGUGUGGUGAUUGGGUUGCGGGACGAGGUAAAGGAUCUUGACCUACCUGUGCGAAUCCGCUUUCCGAUGCGGUUCGAGUGACUCAUCGACCAAUGCGAAUCUGAGAGGUGACACGACAAAGUGCAGCGCAUACAUUCCACCGCUUAACGCAAGUCCGAUCAGCGACUGAUGGCUGAUUUGCUCCUCAGGGUGUGCUGGCGUGAAGGGCGUGAGCAUAGAAGGAGCAAUGAAAUCAAGUGCUGACGAACGGGGUAAUGGGCGGCAGAUGGUGGCAGCAGCGGUGUGUGUGCCUUCCUG